AUGGCCCAAACACCAGACGCAGCCGCGGUCCAUCCUGCGAUCGCGAGAGACGACCACCACAGUCUCAUGGAGUACGCCGUGAAGCAGGCCCUGCUCUGCCCGCCGGCCCGGACCAAGUUCCGCGUCGGUGCCGUCCUCGUUGACGCCCACACGAGCCGAAUCAUCUCGACAGGCUACUCCACGGAGCUUCCUGGCCCGAUCGGCGACGGGGGCAGUACGCACGCCGAACAGUGCUGCUUCAUCAAGGUCGCCCUGGCACACGAGCUGCCGGCCGCCCAUGCCGAGCGUCACAUCCGCCACGUCCUGCCCGCAAGAACGGUGCUCUACACGACCAUGGAGCCCUGCAGCAGCAGACGCGGCGGAAGCACCGCGUGCGUCGAGCGAAUCCUGAACCUCAGGGACGUCAUACGUGCCGUGUAUGUGGGCAUUCGCCAGCCGGGGCCGUCUUGUCACUGCGACGACGGGAUGAGGCGCUUGCAAGAGGCCGGCAUCGAGGUCCGCAUAACAGAGGACAUGAAGGAACAAGGGGUUUCUCGUUUCUCGUUUCUGGAUUCUCACGGUGCCGUGCCCCCCCGACCAAACCACGUCUCGAGGGCUUCCGAGGACUACGCUUCGUUGGCGUGGCUCUUGUGCGCGGAACCCCGGAUGCCUCUGGGCUCCGGCGCUCUCGGCCGCCUCCACGACCGGCGUCCUUGCGCUCCAUCCGAAGCUGCGGAAGAGCGAGCGCCCGAAUGGGCACAGGGAACUCGUGUCAUGGCCGUGGUGUCGUGGUUGAAACGAGAUGCGCUCUCCUUUCCCCCUUGCAACGCUGGACUUGGUGCGGGCAUGAUGAGCCCGUCUGUGGAAAUGCAAGAGAAGACGAGGGGCCUCCGCGAGGGCAGAGAGCACAGGACGACAGGGAAGACCGCAACAUGGGAAGAUGGGAGGAGAAGCACGCGAAAGAUGCCACUUGCGCGACUCACCACCGAAGUCGGCCCUCGGCCACACACACCUCGGCUUCUACGCAUGUAG